AGGGACGCAUUAAUCCCGACUGAGUGAUGAAGAAUAAGGGCGCACUGACAUCUGGCAUAUAAAAAACCAAACUGCUGUGCUUUGAGAACACAGGCUAAGAGAUAAAACACCUUCCCCCACUUACAGAUGCUGGACUCACAAAAAAUGCAAGAAUCAUCACAAUGCCUCUAUGGCUAUUGUUACCAGGAUAGCAACGAUAUCCCAGACACACUGACGACCAUCACUGAACUAGGCUCGCCUUUAGAGAUGAUUCAGCUUUUACAGACGUCCUGGGAAGACAGAUUUCGAAUAUGUCUCAGCUUAGUUCGGCUUUUGCAUUAUUUGGCUCACUCUCCUCUUGGCUCUGUGACAUUACUGGAUUUUCGCCCUCGACAAUUUGUGAUUGUAGAUGGGGAAUUGAAAGUGACAGAUCUAGAUGAUGCCAGUAUCGAAGAAAGUUCUUGUACGAGUAAUAGUGACUGUUUUAUGGAAUUCCCAGCACGAAAUUUCACUCUUCCUUGUUCCGUUGAGGGACGUUGUCAAAACAUGAAUGAGAAGAGGAAUCUCUACAAUGCCUACAGGUUUUUUUUUACGUAUCUUCUGCCACACAGUGCUCCGUCCUCACUGAGACCAUUAUUGGAUAAGAUAGUCAAUGCAACAGGAGAACUUCACUGGGGAAUAGAUGAAACAGCUGCUCAGCUAGAAAGAGUUUUGAAUUUGUAUAAGAGUGGAGAGUACUUACAGAACACUACUCGGAUACCCAAAACCGAGUACAAACGGGUGCCUGCAGCUUUUAUUCCUGAUGAGAACUACAGAUGCUGGCCAUCUUACCAUCAUAAGGGCUGCCUCCUCUCCGUAUUUGAUGUCAACGAAGCCAUUGAGAUCUGUGACAGCUACUCCCAGUGCAAAGCUUUUGUCUUAACUAACCAGACGACUUGGACAGGUCGGCAGCUUGUCUUCUUCAAGAUGGCCUCAAAUCAUAUCAUGCCUGAUCCUGACAAGAUAACAUAUGUGAAAGUGACAGGCUGACAGCUAAAGUGGCUCAGUUUGACUUGUGAGUGACAAGAGCUGUUUGUGUAUAAAUAUAGGCAGCUGUUACGUUUAAGACGGCUGUGGCCGGAGAGAUAAUUGCACUAUUACUCAUUCUAAUCUAUAGAGUGCUAAACAAAACUUUAAAGAAAUAACCUGCAUGACCAGGAUGAAUGUGCAAUAAAACAACAUUUUGAAAAUGUGAUUUUUAAAACAAAGCAAAAUACAAAAUAUGAUACACUGUUAGGGUAUAAUUUUGGUUAUAAAUCAGCUGGCAGCUCUAGCUUUUCUAACUGAGGUUAGCAUAAUUUUUCUAACCUGCGCAUAUUUGCACAGGGAUGAAAGUUGAUCAUUUCUGUGGGAAGUCUGCAUCCUCUGCAUUGAUAUUUAUUUGGGCAAAUACAAUCACAACAGAGUUACUGAAGCAUAUCAGUUUGUAAGUUAAAUAUCAAACGUUACUGAAGACAAUCAGCAUUUGUGUUAAAGCUAUCAAAUAUGCAAGACCAACUUAUUUGUCAGAAUGAAAGAUUACUUCAUCAGUGAAUUGGUUGUGUUUAGAAUUGCAAGACUGUAGCUAAUUUUCAUUUUUGCUUCAAAUAUUACCAUAAAGUUUCAUUUUUAAUUUAAAGGAGUCAUGUUGUAGGUCUAGCAAAUCACAUAAGCAUAUGAAUAGUCCCACUGAAAGGGCAGGGACUUACCCAAGUGCUGAGUGCUUUGCUGAAAUAGGCCUAAGCAUAUGCUUACAAUUAAGCCUGUGCUUAAGACUUUUGUUGAAUCAAGUUUGAAUUGUUCACUAAGCCACAUCUUUGACAGACUGGCAAAGCAAUCCGUCUGGUGGAACAGUACUAUUUUAAUGAAUAUCUUACAAUUAUUCAUAUUUUUUAUCAUCAAAUCCUUGGUUUUCUAAGGCACUGCUUGCUAAUUCUUAGAGUGAAUGAAGUAAAUGACCUUAAUAAUGGCAAAUGAACGCUAGCCUUAAUUCUAUAUAAAAUGCAUUUUAUAGGCAUGGUGUGUCUAGAGUAUUUGCUUUCAGUGAAAGCAAUAAAGUAAAUGCUAAAGUGACCAAUGUCAUACUGUUUUGUAGUUUGUACAGUCAGGAAAAAAUGUACUUUUGUUUCUUAAAUUGUUUAUUUUUGUAAAAAAAAAAUAAAUAAAAGAUAAAUACA